GUUUGGUCAAAUCAGCAACUGCAAAAUCAACAAAGAUGAAAUGUAAAAGCAAGGUUGGUGCAGAAAGUACAGGAGAAAAUGGUGAGAGUAGAAUGCCUCUUUCUCUGGUCAGGAGAAAUUCCAGUGCUUCCAUGAGGGAGAAGAGGUCCCGAUCAACUGAUGGUUUUUCAGCACGACCUAAUAGCAGUGGUGCCUUGCAUAGAUCUCCACCAACACCACCUUUUCCAACCACUACAGAUGCCCUUGAUAUGAUAUCAACACCUAGUAGUGAUGAAGACUUCCAGCCAGGGGGAAAUUCUGUAGACAGAAUGGAUCAUCAAGUGCAGGUUGAUAGACAACAGAUUGAUGUGAAAGCAAAUGGGCAGUGUCAGCGUCAUGUUGAUAACAUUAAUGGUCUUCAAAGAAGUGGUGAUGUGGCAAAGCCAUCUCAGUGUAAGGAAAACCCUGGGACCAAGAGAGUGGAGCAGGAUUGCAGCAGUGCAAUACCUCCUCCUAUGAACUCCCUAUCACCUAGUUGUUUCUACCAUCGCAAGCUGUCUGAAGGAACAUCUUUCAACUGCUACUCAACUUUGCCUAGGCUGCCAGCAGGCAGAACCAGUGAGACCAAGACCUCUGCAUCAGUCUGUUCAACACCACAGCCAUUCUACAAAUCCACCAGAGAGAAUGGUGGGGCAGUUUAUGGCUAUACCAGGCAAGCUUGUAAUCCACAGUAUGCAUCCAUUCAUAAAAUUCCUGACAGCAAACCAGAACCCAAAAUGGCAGCAAGUAUCUCUUACAGUGCUCAAGAAGAAGUAGCUUCAGGCAGUGCUUUCCAUAGUCAACUGUCAUUCCCACGGUCACACGUCAGCAGCCCGUUCCUGCCUGUUGCAUCAAAUGCAAGUUCACAUCCUCUCCGACCUGUGGAUGAUUCUGCACUGCAGUUGUUCAACAACCAGUCUUUAGCCCAGCGUUCUGGCCCACCUGCAUGUCGUAUGUCAUCAAGUGUUCACACAGGCAUGUCAUUGCCAGCUCCUCAUCUACACUCUUUUCAUGGUAUGUCAGCAAGCAUGCAUGCACCUAGUCCUUCUGAUCUUUACACGGAGUCUUCAUACUAUCGGUAUCAGAGCAGGGAAGUAAGCUCGCAGGCUGGCUCAUCCCAGCCUCACCAUCAUCACCUUCAAACCAAGUCAGCAUCACUUUUGCAAAGGCAAGGAUCUUCCAUGAAAGAGAAUGGAUCGCUAAUGUUUGGGUGUCAACAAGAUGUGGCCUUUGAAUCCAUGGAAAGUCAUAUUGUCACCCGAAAUCUAGAUGUCUUGCUACACAAGGUGGGAGAUGACUGUGUUGGCAUCAACGUUGUCCGAAAGACAACAGGUGGAAUAAGCAGCAUCUUCGUACAGGAUGUCAUACCUGGUUCUUUGGCUGAGAGGGAUGGACGCCUCAGGAAAGGGGAUGUCUUAUACUCUGUAAAUGGGCGGUCUUUGGGAGAAAUGUCUUUAUUGGAUGCAUAUCAGCUCUUUCGCACCCUCCCUCCCGGACCAAUACGCAUUCGGGCUGCUCGACAUGAGACGGCAUAUGUGCAAGAACAAAAGAGUGAUGGAAAUAAAGAGAUGGAUACCUCAUAUGAUGAUUCUACUGAAACUGCCAGUAAGCCAUCAAGUGACCAGAAUCCAGUUAAAGGUCAAGCAUCAGAUCAGAACAAUGCCUCAUUAACAGCUGCAGACUCAUGAGGCACCAAUCAUCCUUACAUGCACAUGAUAAACAAUUUGUGUAAACAAUGGUUGUUCAGGAUUUGUUUGAUUCUAUAGCAGUAGGGUGAAUGUGAUAGCUCCCACCAGUCUUUUCUUUAUGUGUGUUUUCCAGCUAGAGCUGAUAAGGGAAACGUGAUAAGAUAUUCAAGUUUUGUUUCUUUGGAUGUUGUUUGGUACAUGGUAAUACUGAUUGUUGUUGUUUUAUUGUGAGAUAGGAUACUUUACUUUUUAAUAAUGCAGUGUGCUCUGUUCUAAAUAGAAUUUUUUUAAUAAAUUGUGGGCAAGCACAAAACUUGAUCUUAAUUUUUUAUAGUGUUAGGAUAAUCUAUUGGUAUGCAUACAAAUUCUUUUAUAAAAAUGUCACUGACAUUGUCACCGAAAUUCUGCUGCUUUGGAGUUCUCAGUCACUCCAGUGGAAUUCACUCUAGAAAAUCCCAUUCUUUAUCUCAUGAACACACUAUGUGUCUAUUCCUGUCACUAAGCUGAAACUGAGGGACUUUUGGCUACUAGCUGUACCUCAAAACAGUGAAACUUGUUCCCUUUUCAUGUUCACCACUUAACCACCACUUGUUAGCAUUUUACUUGUUAUGUAAGCUGUUAUCAUCACUACUUUAACUGGUGCCACUUGGCCUUGGAGCAAGCAGGCCUGCCAGCAGAGCCAACCCACCAGUACUAGUUGUCAGAGAGAACACAGUGAGAUGUAGUAGAGGUAAAGGCUUACCAUGAGGUCUGCUCUUGAACACCUUUGAGUAGGUGCCACAUCUGCCAUCCUGACCCCUCUUUGAUAGCCAAUUUUUCCUUUGUUUCCCACAAUGUACCCCUGUAGGACUGUCUUCAGUAACCUGUAAUGCCCAGUGACAUGGAGGAAAUAAGCAUCACAGCUGCUUUAUUUAUUAACCACAUUCUCUAACUUCUAUUGAUGCCUUUAUUAUAUCAAAAUGGCUCUAUAUGUCACUCAAAUUUACCUAGUGUCUCUAUGUCUUCAUUGUAUUUCUUUAGGAUUUUAUCGUCAUUGUCACCCAUCCUUCUGUUUUAUGAUAAUUUUUCAUUGUCUGUCUAGUUUCUGUUUUAAGCACAAAAUGGUCCUAUAUAAAGGUGAGUCUGGACUAAAUAAAUCAAGCAUAAUUAUUAUUAAAUGCUCUUUGAAUGUAUUGAAUGUCGCUUCCUCAAUAGCUUUCUUUUGCCAGUUUGUUCUUGAGGGAGGAGAGGCAUGGGGUAUGGUGGGAAAUAAUUAAACAUCAUUUAUAUAAGGCAUUUUCUACCUAAGUAAUGAUGGAGUGACAUUAAAUGGUCACAAUUUUGGAUCUGAUGCACUUGUUUUGGUACACAUAAAUUCACUCAAAAAUAAAUUCACAGGCAUUUGGGGCAAAAUUCUGGAGUAAUCUGUCAAAACAUUUCUUUCCCUGAUCACACUUUUGCUUCUGAAUGAUUUUUUUUUAAGUUCAUGGUGAGAAAAUUUGUGUUACAUUAUUGAAGUGUUUAGCCCAUGUAAAUUUACACAAGCAGAAAACUAUGUGUGUGUUUGUUUGCAUAUACACUUAUACACACACUUCUGUAUAUAUAUUAAAUGUUACAUGGGAAACUGCUGGAACACUUUGUGAAAAUAUGCUUUGUUAUACCUCAGACAGUGCCUUCUAGUCCAGUUGCUAGUUCUUACAAUAUACUGUAAAUAAUGACAUAAAUAACUUACAAAGCUAUGAAUGACUGUAGUCAUCUUCUAUAUAUAAAAUUUUACAAAAUUGUUCUUUAUUGGCAUACUUUGAAACUGUUGAUGACCAGAUGAUAGAUGAAUAUCAUUUUCAUCUCACUCUUCUUAGUUAUUUCCUGAUUUUUUUCCCCCUGUACAUAUAUUCACAGAGCCACACACAACCUCUUUCCCAAAUGUUUUUCUUCUGAAGAAGAAUAUGGUGCUGUUUGUUGCUAGACAACCAUUGUUUAUGACCUUGUGGGUCUAUUGCUGCCCGUAUAUUUGGGUUAAUAGUUCCUUGUUGUUCAUACAUAAACAUCAUCUCUGCUUCAGUAAAGUGCCUUCUUUUAUUUGUUUGGGCUUGUACUGCAGCUUGGAAGAGUGAAGAAUUUAGGGAAAUUCUGUAUUUAUUUCCCAUUAAUUAGCAGUCCUUUGGCUUUAGAGAAACGAAAAUAUUGUUUCAUUUUGUGGUAUUGUUAGAAAGGUUUGACGGUCAUGUGAACAUAGCUGCUGAGAGUUUUUUACUUGAGACUUUUAUUUUUAUUGUGUCAUUAAUUGUUCUGACAAACAUGUUUGUAUUCCUCUAGUUUGCACGAAAAUGUGCAAUAAAACUGGUGACUGACUUUUCUGAGUUUUAUUGAUUUUAUUAUAGCACAUCUAACCCCAUAUACUGUAACUUGCAAGUUUGGUUUUCAUCAUUAUUUUAUUUGAAGCACCACUAACCCUUCAGGCUAGGACACAUGUAAAAGUUUAGAUUUUUUUUUUUUUUUCUUAUUUAGAAGUGGCUUGUUCAUUUCAAUGGUUAGUGUGCAGUCUUAAAAUUGAUCUGUUUUGUUCAUUUCAAAAGUCAUACUUUAAAGUUGUAAAUGGCAAUUUCUUUAAUUUAAAUAAAUGAUCUUCCACAGAUGUGCAAGUGUAAAAUACUUAUAUCUUAUUAAUGUGAUUGCCUUUAUUAUAAAUGUUUCUAAUUAUUAUGUGCAAUGCAUUACGUUUUGAUUGGUGGCUGUGUACAGAUAUUGUGUUGUUUGUAAUAUUUUUUUAUCAACAAGAUGGCAAAACAGUCAGCAAUGGUUACAGUUAUUCUUUUUUGCCUUAAUACUUCAUACACUUUGAUCUGGAGGGAAUGAAAACUGCAUCUCUUUAUCAUGAAUGAAAAUCCCCAUAAAUUUAGAGGAUGGAUGAGCCGUGUGUGCCGUUUUAUGUGUGGAAAAGAAAGUGUAAACACUCAUACAACCCAACUGAAUUAAGGGUCCACCCAUCAUGAAAUGUUUUGGUUUAUGACUGAUGAAAAAAAAUCCAGGACAGAGUUGGCAUUUUGUGGAAAGUUUUGAAUAGUUUCAACAGACCAAAAUUUAAUGGCAUUCCAUUUUAGUCAAAAUUUAGCAUUUUCACACUAUGUUUUAACUGCAUGUGUUUUCUAAAUUGCCAAAGAAUUUUUUUUUUUGCCACAGGUUUACAGAAAAACGAGUUAUGUUUUGAGGGAAUUUUUUUUAAAAGUAAUAUUGCAUUGUAUAUUUGGUUGUUCUUAUCUUAAACUUGAGUUAAAUGAUUUUGGAAUUAUUUUAAAAUAUUUUCCAUGACGUGUGAUUUUUAACUAGUCAAAGUUUAUGUUAUGAAAAUGCUUGCAUCUGUUAAUGUCAUGUGGUGCCUACCGUGAUUUUUUUUCUUUUCAGUGAUUCAUAAUAUUAGAAAGUGUUGCUCUCACUUGAGAUAAAAGCAUUGUGAAAUUUUAUACAGUAUUAAGUACAUGGGAAUAUUCUUGUAUGUGUGUGGGAAACAAACUGUAACUCUAUUAUUUAAAAUAUAACAACACAGACUCAUAGACACAUAAAUACUAUUGCCAGAAUGAUGAUAAUUAUGAUGGUCUACACACAAUAUUUUGAAUACUUGGUUGUGAAAUACUGGGAAAAAAAAUAAAGCCCUUUAUUGUUUGGAAAAGAGUAUAAAAGUAAAGCAUCAUGUAUGGAAGCAAAUAUUUUAGUUUACUGUGGGUCUUUCAUGUACCUUUUAAUUCUUAUAGAGUUGAAGUAUUCUGAUAACAAUUGUCAGUGCUGUUCAAACUUUCAAGUUAAGUCAGUCCUGUGGUUGUAAUGCACCAAACUUCUAUAGGAUUCAUUGCAACCUACUGUUAAAAAGUGUAACAGGUUUUUCCCCUUUUUUUGGUUCAUACAGAACUAUUUGGUUCUAAGUUUUCUAAAUAUUGUUUUACACUCAGGAAAGUGAUUGCGGUUCAGACAACAUUUUUUAAAUGUAGUAUUUGGCAUAGAGGAAAGAAAAGAAAUGUUUUAAAAUGUUUAAAAGAAAUGGUUUUAAUUUAAUAUUUAAGAAUAGUUCUGAAAGAAGUAUUUUGGUUUCUCUGCAACUACAAUGUAACUGGUGUUAACAAAUAUAAGGCAGCUUGAUACUCAAGCUUCCCUGAUUGUAUAGGUGCAAAGCAAUCAGAAAUGUGAAUAAAGAAUUAUCUUUUCUUGUCUGGAUAAAGAUUGCGCUUUCUAAAGGCUCUAUUGAGUUUUUAGCUUUUGUAAAGCUUGUAUGAUUUAGAACUUUCAGCAACUUAGCAUGCUGCCAGAUUAUAUUAUGUGACCCUGUUAAGAUGAGCUUUUGGUAAAUCUGUGCAUACAUGCUUUUCACAAGUACGUGCUCUUGUGGUUGUGACAUUGUACAAGAAAUAGAAGUCCAGUUGAGUGAACUGGCUAAUUCAAAGCUGCUAGCUGUUACCUGCAAAGACUAGUUUUCAUCUGCAUCUUUGCCAAGCAUGGAGGAAGACACUGGUGAAUUGUCUUUGAAAGUUUUGUUUUCUUUCUGUCCAGGAACCUGUGUCUAGGUGUAAUGGUUUGAACUCAGUGGAUUAUGUUGCUGACUAACAAUAAUAAAACAAAGUGGUAAUAUCCACUGACCAUAAA